CCCCGAAGGAGAGACCACCCCAAAACACCCUCAAAGACAAAGGCCACAAUCAAGAAAAAACCAACGGUAAAUGAAACUUAUGAAAUGAAGAAGAGAAGGGCAUUACCGUCAGAAAGGGGGAAAAAGAAAAACAGGCCGUCGCAUCAGAUCAGUGUCCGCCGUCCCUUCCUUUCGCAAAACACCCCUCAAGUAAAAUAGAAAUUCGGGAAAAGGAAAGGCUGGGUGUUGGUCUCACAAGUGCUUGAUAAAAUGCGUCAAAGGAUGGGGCGCAGAUGGAUGAAUGGUUUGAGUCUGUCUCACGCCACCCAUUUGGGUCGUCGCCUUGCACCCGCAACCUUGCUAUUAUAAAGCCCCCACUCUUUUCUCCAAUUCCAUCCACACCCUCCUCUCUCUUUCUCUCUCUUCUUUACCUUCUCCUCCUCCUCAAACAGAGAUGGAGAGCAGCAUGGCUUAGUUUCAAUCUAUCUAUCUAUCUAUCUAUCUAUUUGUCUAAUAAACAAACUUGGGAAACAGUUUCAGCAACUUGAGAGUUUAUGGAAAAACCUGGGUUUUUUCGUAAUGGUGUUAUGGUGAAGCUGCCACCAGGCUUCAGGUUCCACCCAACAGAUGAAGAGCUUGUCAUGCAGUACCUACGCAAGAAGGUGUACUCAUGUCCCUUGCCAGCUUCUAUAAUCCCUGAAAUUGAUCUUGGGAAACAUGAUCCCUGGGAACUACCUGGUGCUAGUGAGCAGGAGCAGUACUACUUCAAUUUGAGAGAAAGCAAGUACCCCAGUGGAAGCAGGCAUAACAGGACGGCCAGCUCUGGUUACUGGAAGGCCACUGGAAGAGAUAAGCAGAUAUCUGUGGGAAAGGGCGGGCAAGUUGUGGGGAUGAAGAAGGUGCUGGUGUUUUACCAAGGGAGGCCUCCUCGUGGUUGCAGAACGGAUUGGAUCAUGCAUGAGUACCGUCUCGCCGGCGCCGUCAUCACCGGAGACAGGAAUUCUGUCAUUAAGAGCGGUAGAGACUGGGUGUUGUGCCGCAUUUUCUUGAAGAAGAGAGCUGGCAAGAUGAACACUGAAUGCUCCAGGGGAUUCAUUGAUUUCUUUAAGCAGGCGAGUUCAAGUAGUUCCUCUUCUUCUUCGGCAUCAAGCUGCGUCACUGAUGUUUCUGAUGGAAGUAAUACUAGUGAAGAGGACAAUAGCUGCAGCACCGAUUCAUCUUCAGGUGGAAGAGAAGCUUAAGGCUAUCUUUUUUCUAUGUCUCACAGUUCAUCAGAAUUCAAAUAAUCUUGAAGAUGUAACCUUUUGUUAUUCUAGAAUGGGUAGUCCCUUUGUAUCUCUUGUAAUUCCUGCUGUUUUUUUUACCCGUAAGUUAGUAACAAGAGAGAGGUUUAAUCAA